AUGAAAGAAAAAGUGAUUUAGAUAAUAUUGUUGAUAAAUUAUGAAGUAUGUAUGAUACUUUUGCAAUAUGAAGGUAUUUAAAAAUGAAAAAAAUUGUUUUAGCAUUUCAAUAACCUAUAACAUUGAUCAUAAAAAUUAUAGAUUUAAUGAUAAUGGCAUUGUGUACAAGAAUUUUAUACUACAUAAAAGAUAAAAAGAAGUCAGGUUAUACUUUAACAAUGUUAUGCUUAUUAAGAAUAGCAUCAUAAUUAACUUUGAAUUAUUUUUGUAAACCAUAAAUUUUAUCAGUUAUCAUAAACUUAAACCUAAUUCAUUAAUUAUUUUCGGAAUAAUUAGGAAGCGAUUUCAGUUUAACAAAAUUGCCUUAUUUAUAUAUUAUAGGUAAUGUAGUAUUUGAAUAACAAUUUUCUGAUUAUUCGAUCAAUAUUGGAGUAGGAUUAACUUGUUUAUCAAUAAUAUUUUCAUUUCGUAAAAGAAUUAUGGAAUAAAAUACUUAAAAGAGUUCUUAAUAGAUAUAAAAAGAUUUCGAUAUUUGUAUUUCAGCACUACCUUAGAAAGAAUUUGAGGUUUAUAAAUCAGAAGAUUUGAAUGGAUCAAAUUGUAAAAGUCCAGUUUAUGGAGGGUUUUCACCAUUGAAAGAUCAAUCAAAAUCAAUGGAUUCUGUAUUGUUGGAUGAAUAGUAAAUAAAUAAUAAUAUAUAAAAUUAGUGCUUGGAUAAAGGGAUAAUAAUUUAUAGUUUUAGAUGAUUAAGAUAAUAUAUUAAUAUAAACAUUUAAUGUGGCAGAUUUUUCAAGAAAUUCUUUUAGUAACUCAAUGGAUAAUGAGAGUGUUGGUUCAAUAUUAAAUUUAGCAAUAGUAUAAGGUAAUAGAGAUUUUUAAGAUUUAAUUGCAAGUAGUGGAACAAUUAAUUAAAGUAGAUUUACAUUAAAAGAUUUGAUUAAUAAAUUAGUUGGAGAUUAUGAUAUAUAUAAGAAUAAUAUGUUUAUAAUAAACAAAGUAGAUGCACCAUGGAUGAAUGAUUGGAUGAUUAAAAUAUUUUUGGUAGGAAAAAAUAAAAAAACAUUUGUAUUUAUUUAAAUAGAAUAAAAAGAAGUCAUAUUUUAACCUUCUUUUUAAGCAUUUUCUUAAUUUACAACUUAUAUAACUCCAAGUUUAAAUACUAUUAUGACUAUUUCAGUUUUGGCAGAAUCAGAUACUCUAAUUAGUGAUUAUAUAUUAGAGAAGUAUUUCUAUCCAAUUAGAAUUUCAAGUGUGAUAGUUUAUUUAUAAUUAGCAAAUAUGAGAGAUUUUAAUCUUCAUAAUUAAAAGAAAUUAUUAUUAAAAAUAAGUAAUGUAGAUAUUUCAUCUAUUUGUGAAGAUUUAAUUAUUAUGGUAUAAGAUUCUUCUAAAGCUAAAGGAAUUGAUAUUAAAUUGGAAUAUGAAUCUACUGAAAAUCUCAUUGAAACUGAUGCAGAAAGAGUAAUGUAAAAUUUUCAAUAUUUUAGUUAAAAUAAUUAAUGUUACCAUUAAUUAAAUUUUGUAUCAAAUAAACUAAAGAUGAAAAUAUUAUAAUAUCUUGGAAAAUGUUUGCUUCUAAAAAUUAUUAAGUUAUAAUACACACUCCAAUUAAUGUAGAUGAAAAAGAUUUAAGAAUAAUAAGAUUGAAUCUUAAGAAACCAACUCUUUAAUUCUCAGAAUUUAGUGUCUGUCAUCUAUUGGCUUAAUAUUUAUCAGGAAAUAUUAAAAGAGGUUUAGAAAUUGCAUCAGUUGAACCUUAUGGAACAGCAUUUAAAUUUUCAUUAUAAUCAUUUAAUGUUAAUAAUGAAGAAAUGAAAGCGAUUCGAUUAAUUGGCCAAACUCAUUAUCAAGAGACAUCGUUAAGUUAAUUACUAGCAUAAUAAGACACUUCAAAAUAGAAUGAAAAAACAUAUACUUUAUUUAGAGAAGAAUCUAAUAAAGUAUCUAUGGAUCAUUCUCUUCAUUUUUCUUAAUCUAGAAUAUCAAAAUAAUUUAGUUAAAAAUUUUCAGAAUAUUAGAGCAAUUAUGUUUCCUAAAUAUCUAAAGCUAAAGCAGAUUCAAUUAAUAAUUUAAAUUAAAAAUAAAAAGAUUCUCAUUCUUUUGAUUAAAUAUCAAAUAUUUUUUAUUAAGAUGAAGAAACAAAAUAAUAAAAACGAGUGAAUUAUUAAACCACACCAUCAUAAUCUAAAUAUUAAUUACCGCAUUUUCCAGAGGCAAUAAUUAAUAACAGUCUUGGUAAUAGUGCAAAUGGAAAUAAUAGUGGAGGAGCUGCAAAUACAUUUUUGAAUGAAGCUAGAGAAAGAGAAUAAACAUUCUUAAGUCAACCUUAAUUAACUGAAUUAAAAUAACAACCUACAUCAUCUAAUCUUUUCUUAGAUUUUGGAACUGAUCCUCUUUCUUCUAUUCAAAUACCAAUAUCUGUUCCAACCAAAAUGCAAAGUGAAAUCAUUAAAUUUUCCACAACAGGUAGAUGUUGUUCAAGAGUUUUGAUAGCAGAUUGCGAAUAUCAAAAUAUAUAAAUAUUGGAAAUGAUUUUAUCCAAAUUUAAAGUAAAUUCCUCUAGAGCAUUUAGUACUGACGAUGUAAUCAAAUUGCUAGAAACAAAGAAAAAAUGUAAAUGUGGAAAUAUUGGAUUUGUUUUAUAUUUUAUAAAUGUUGAUUUACCAAAAAGAGGAGGUUUGUGGUUAAGUAGGUAUAUUAAAGAUAAAAUGACAUAAAAAGGAUAUAUAAUUGGAACUACUGGGCUUGUCGAAUAUUAUUCCAAAAUAGAAUAUUAUCGUAAUGGAAUAGAUUAAUAUAUAAGUUUACCUUUUGAUUUAGCAGAAGUAAGCAAAAUUUUAUAAAUAUCUCAACACUAAUGA